AUGCUGGGGACUCUGGGCCUUUGGGUACCACUUCCCACAGCUGUGCGCGCACCCCCAAGCAGGCGGACCUGUGUGUUCUUUGAGGCCCCUGGAGUGCGGGGAAGCACAAAGACACUGGGGAAGCUGCUAGAUGCAGGACCAGGGCCCCCCAGGGUUAUCCGCUGCCUCUACAGCCGCUGCUGUUUUGGGAUCUGGAACCUGACCCAAGACCAGGCACAGGUGGAGAUGCAAGGAUGCCGAGACAGUGAUGAGCCAGACUGUGAGUCCCCCCACUGUGACCUGAGCCCCCGAGCCCACCCCAGCCCCAGGUCCACUCUCUUCACCUGCUCCUGUGGCACUGACUUCUGCAAUGCCAAUUACAGCCAUCUGCCUCCUCCAGGGAGCCCUGGGACUUCUGGCUCCCAGGGUCCCCCACCUGUCCCAGGCGAGUCCAUCUGGAUGGCACUGGUGCUGCUGGGGCUAUUCUUCCUCCUCCUGCUGCUGCUGGGCAGCAUCAUCUUGGCCCUGCUACAGCGAAAGGCCUGCAGAGUACGAGGUGGGCCAGAGCCAGAGCCAGAGCCAGACUCAGGCAGGGACUGGAGUGCUGAGCUGCCCGAGCUGCCUGAGCUGCGUUUCUCCCAGGUAAUCUGGGAAGGAGGUCACACAGUGGUGUGGGCUGGGCGGCUGCAAGGCAAACUGGUAGCCAUCAAGGCCUUCUCCCGGAGGGCUGUGGCCCAGUUCCAAGCUGAGAGAGCGUUGUACGAACUGCCAGGCCUACAGCACGACCACAUUGUCCGCUUUAUCACCGCCAGCAGAGGGGGCCCUGGCCCCCUGCCCUGUGGGCCCCUGCUGGUACUGGAACUGCACCCGAAGGGCUCCCUGUGCCACUACUUGACCCAGCACACCAGUGACUGGGGAAGUUCCAUGCGGAUGGCACUGUCUCUGGUGCAGGGCCUGGCAUUUCUCCAUGAGGAGCGCUGGCAGGAUGGCCAAUAUAAACCAGGUAUCGCCCACCGAGAUCUGAGCAGCCAGAAUGUGCUCAUUCGGGAGGAUGGGUCGUGUGCCAUUGGAGACCUGGGCCUUGCCUUGGUGCUCCCUGGCCUCACCCAGCCUCCCACGUGGGCCCCUACUCAACCCCGAGGCCCAGCUGCCAUCAUGGAGGCUGGCACCCAGAGGUACAUGGCGCCAGAGCUCUUGGACAAGACUCUGGACCUACAGGACUGGGGCACGGCCCUCCGACAAGCCGAUGUGUACUCUCUGGCUCUGCUCCUAUGGGAGAUCCUGAGCCGCUGCCCAGAUUUGUGGCCUGACAGCAGACCACCACCCUUCCAACUGGCCUAUGAGGCAGAACUGGGCAGCACUCCCACCACCUGUGAGCUGUGGACCUUGGCUGUAGAGGAGAGAAGGCGCCCCUACAUCCCAUCCACCUGGCACUGCUUCACCACAGACCCUGGCGGCCUGAGAGAGCUGCUAGAGGACUGCUGGGAUGCAGACCCAGAAGCGCGGCUGACGGCGGAGUGUGUACAGCGGCGCCUGGCCGCCCUGGCCCAACCUCAGGAGGCCUGCCCCUCCCCAGAGAGCUGUGCCCAUGGCUGCCCACCUCUCUGCCCAGAAGACUGCCUCUCAACUCCUCCCCACUGCCAUUCCCCUUUGUAG